AUGCCGGGGUCCGUUGCAACGGAGCAGGGCGCGUUGCAACGUUGGCUGGGGGCCGUUGCAACGGAUGCUGGGCGCGGUGCAACGGAGGCAGGGCGCAUUGCAACGGAUGUCGGACGCGUUGCAACUUUGGCUGGGGUCGUUGUAACGGAGGCAGGGCGCCAUGCAACGCUGGCCGUGGCCGUUGCACCGAAGGCAGGGCACGUUGCAGCGUUGGCUGGGGGCCGUUGCAACGGAUGCUGUGCGCGUUGCAACGUUGGCUGGGGGCGUUGCAACAGAUGCUGGGCGCGUUGCAGCGUUGGCAGGGGGCCGGUGCAACGGAGGCAGGUCGCGUUGCAUCGUUGGCCGGGGGGCGUUGCAACGGAAGCCGGGCGCGUUGCAACGUUGGCUGGGGUCGUUGCAACGGAGGCAGGUCGCGUUGCAACGUUGGCUUGGGGCCGUUGCACCGGAUGCUGGGCGCGGUGCAACGGAUGCUGGGGUCCGUUGCAACGGAGGCAAGGCACGUUGCAACGGAUGCCGGACGCGUUGCAACGUUGGCUGCGGUCGUUGCAACGGAGGCAGGGCGCCAUGCAACGUUGGCCGUGGCCGUUGCACCGGAGGCAGGGCGCGGUGCAGCGUUGGCUGGGGGCCGUUGCAACGGAUGCUGGGCGCGGUGCAACGGACGCUGGGCGCGUUGCAACGAUUGCUGGGCGCGGUGCAUCGUUGGCUGGGAGCGUUGCAUCGGAGGCACCCGCCGUUGCAACGGAUGCUGGGCGCGGUGCAACGGACGCUGGGCGCGUUGCAACGCAUGCUGGGCGCGGUGCAUCGUUGGCUGGGAGCGUUGCAUCGGAGGCACCCGCCGUUGCAACGGAUGCUGGGCGCGGUGCAACGGACGCUGGGCGCGUUGCAACGCAUGCUGGGCGCGGUGCAUCGUUGGCUGGGAGCGUUGCAUCGGAGGCACCCGCCGUUGCAACGGAUGCUGGGCGCGGUGCAACGGAUGCUGGGGUCGUUGCAACGGAGGCUGGGUUUGGUGCAUCGUUGGCUGGGAGCGUUGCAUCGGAGGCACCCGCCGUUGCAACGGAUGCUGGGCGCGGUGCAACGGAUGCUGGGGUCGUUGCAACGGAGGCUGGGUUUGGUGCAUCGUUGGCUGGGAGCGUUGCAACGGAGGCACCCGCCGUUGCAACGAUGGCUCGGAGCGUUGCAACAGAGGAGCCAAAUUUUCAUAUCUCACAAUUGGCUCGUGCACUUUUUCUGAAAUUUUGA